AUGUGCACCUACGUCCUUCUCAUCCCGACCUGCCACCACAAUCCUAUACUGCUCUUUGUCACCUCUUGCUGCCUCAUCAUACGACAGUUACAGCGUAUCAAUCACCUCGCCGCGUGGGAGGAUGACGCUCUGGGCGAGAUUCCCUUCACCUUCCCUGAGUCUUGUCUUCCCGGUCCAGAGACCAUCCAGCCAAUCUACACUAACGGCUCAUGUAGAUUGGACUGCCAUUAUGUGCCAGAAACCGCUCUUGUGGAACACAUGUUCCCAGCCACUGUAUUCCCGUCGGGCUGGGCUGAUGGUGACCCUAGAAUGGCUGGGGAGCUGGAGAUUUGGGACCCAGGCUCCAAAUGA